CCGCGCCCCGCCCGGCCGCCGGCGCAUCCCCGAGGCCCCCCGAGGCCCCUCCGCGCGGCAACAGCCGGGCGAGAGCUGAGGACGCAGGACUGAACGGACGCCGGCUCCAUCAGAGUGGCCCUGUGGUGCCGGAAGCCGACAGAGGCUUGGAUCUGGGCGCCCAGUUAUGGAGACAGAGGUCAACAUCUGUCCAGCUGUGCGAUGUCCUCGCAUGCAGGACACCAGAUACAUUGGUUCCAGUUGAGUGGGCCGGGCCGUGGUUUCGGAAUCGCAGUCCACGCCCGGCCAGGGGUCCCCAGGUGGGAAUCUCGCCCCUGGCAGACGCAGGUCUGAUAAAGCAGGGGCCAGGGCGCCACUGCACUGCUCACAGGUCCUUGGGUGUCUCCACGGCGCCCCAGGCUCCUCCCCAGUUCCCUCGCAAUGCCGCACUCCUGAAGGUGUUGCCUACACCUGGCCUGAGUCCGUGGUUUUCACCACUGAGUUAAAUAAGGGGUCCUCAGCCCCAGCAGCUCACAAGGCAGCUGAUGAGUGCACACAGUGUAAAGCAGUGUGCGGCUGUCCACGCCGGCGACUGGCUCGGAGAGGCCUGGCGUGCAGGCACCCGGGAGUGAGGAGCUGCCGACCAGUGAUGAGCAGCCGUGUGCCGCUGGCAGAGAAAGCUCUGUCCGAAAGCUACGCCCGGCUGCGAUACCGGGACACGUCCUUGCUUAUCUGGCAGCAGCAGCAGCAGCAGCUGGAAUCGGGGCCCCCCGGGACCUACCUGAGCAGGAGCCGUAGCAUGUGGUACUCACAGUACGGAAAUGAGGCCAUCCUGGUGCGGGACAGACACAAGCUCGGAGUCUCUCGGGACACAGGCCGAUCCAAGUUCUGUACCAUCAUGUAGUACUGUGGGAUACCCUGGGCCUGGGCGCCGAGCUGGGCGGAGAUCAGGCCAUGCUGCACUCAGCGAGUGGCCUUGUGGUCCCCAGGUCUUACUGGGAGAUUCUGGACCGUGAACAAGGAGACCCACCUGUGCUUCCAGGACCCAAGAAUGCUCGCAGGGGCUCCUGAGGCCUCUCCACAUACCACGCGAGCGGCGGACCUGGCUCCCGGGCUCGGUGGCAGCCCUGCCAGCACUGGGGACAAGGCCUGGGUGGGGACACAGCUAGAUGUGGCUCUUAUGUUUCCAAGAGGCCCAAGCAAGAGGGACAACCCUGGCUCCAGACCUUUUCAGAAUUUUCUAGGUCGUCUCCAGGAUUGCCUUCUGCCUGAUAAAGAACAGGACAGACCUAAAAUAGAUGAAAGAACCAGCGUCAGGUAUGGCCAAGCGUGGCGUGCGGGGCCAGGUGGGAGUAAGGGGCCAGUAGCAGCCUGGCAGC